UAUUACGUCACAAUUCAUGCAAGCAACGAACAUAAAUGUGAACACGGCACAUAACUGAUACAUAGAGACGGUAGGCGUUCUCUUCCAUUAGCUAGAAAACUAAUUGAGAGCUGAAUAACUCCUUGGUCGUGCGACCAGAACCCUAUGAAGAGCAGCACCAUGGUUAGUGUCGGCGGUCACAGUGACCACAGUCUCCACAGAGCGGAAGGAACACGCAUUAGUGGAUGGGGUCGCGUGUGACAAGCAUCUCAGCCGAUGCCGCGGCGCCGUCAUUGGAUGGGCGGACAGGAAGAGGAAGCGGCGGAAUGCUUGUGUUGUUGUGGUUGCUGGGGCGGUGCACGCUGCUUGCAGCAGGAACAGGAAGCGGAGGGCGGAACAGAGGGACAAGCGGAGCCGGUGACUGAGAGCGGGAGCACGGAGCGGGCUAGAUGUAAGGGGUCUCCCAGUCCCUGCUCUCCUUGUGAGGGGUGCGAGAGCUCGGUAUAUAUUCCGAUUUGUCAGGAAGAAUCAUUAGACAACCUGCCCGUUCCCAGGACCUUUCAGAGUUUGGAUACUCUUAGAUGCGCAGACCACUGCCCGAUGCUGCACCAAUCUAAUUACUCCUUUUUAGAUUUUUCCUGGGAAGAGAACAGACUAUGUACAAUGGGGCUACCCAUACACUUUGUUGCUGAUCCACAAGGAUGGUGCUGUGUUGGGGUUAUCUUUUUCAUUUGGCUCUACAACACAGUGUUUAUUCCAAAACUCAUCCUCUUCCCACGCUUUGAGGAGGGAGACUUAAACGCUGCUGCAAUAUGGGCUUAUUAUACAGCUUCUGUUUUUUGUGUGGUUUCACUUUUAAGAGCUUCCACUGCAGAUCCUGGUAAACUGCAAGAUAGUCUUAAAAUCCCCCUUACAGAAAAAGAAUUUUGGGAACUAUGCAACAAAUGUAAUAUGAUGAGACCGAAACGCUCUCACCACUGCAGUCGAUGUGGACACUGUGUCAGAAAGAUGGAUCACCAUUGUCCGUGGAUAAACAACUGUGUUGGAGAAGAUAAUCACUGGCUGUUUCUCCAGCUUUGCUUCUAUACUCAGCUCCUUAGUGGCUAUACUCUCAUUCUAGAUUUCUGCCACUACUAUUACUUUUUGCCACUGAAAACCAUCAGCUGGGAUUUAUUUGUAUUUAGGCAUGAACUGGCACUGCUUAGAAUAUCAACGUUUAUGGGUAUUGUCAUGUUUGGAGGAAUGUGUAGUUUGUUCUACACACAGAUUGUUGGCAUACUAACGGAUAUGACUACGAUAGAGAAGAUGUCAAACUGUUGUGACGAAAUAUCGAGAGCUCGAAAACCAUGGCAGCAGACCUUCUCAGAAGUUUUUGGCACUCGCUGGAAGAUCCUGUGGUUCAUUCCUUUUAGGCGGAGGCGACCACUGAGAGUCUCCUACUACUUUGCCAAUCAUGUCUAAACAGAUGGAUGGUGGGCACAGAUGGGUCUGCCACGCUGGAAGCAAGUUAGAGGUUUUAUCAUAACAGAGCUAUGACAGUCUUCAAGUCAAUUAUAAUCCACCCACCAAUCUUAGACAUCACAAAGUGCCCCAGGCUUUGUUUUAAUAGUGAUCUCCGUGCAGUUGUGGGAACAGUACAAAAUAUGUAUUUUAUGUGCUGAACGUUGUAUCCUUUCAAGAUGUCCUUUUCCCCUCAGGAUAGAUUGAGCUCCCUCAGGCUACUAACUAAAACCAUGGAUUAAGAUUUAUGUCAAACAAAAGUUUUCAACUACUCCCUUUUUUUUAUAUUUUCUUUGCUGUUAUCAAUGCACUGACAAUUUCUGACACUUUGAUCAUUUGUAAUCAUUUGUUGUUUUUUUGGGGGCUUUUUUUAUUUAAUUUUUUAUUUCCAAAACCAAAUAGUAUUUAUUUUUGUAUAAUAUAGAACAUAUGUCUUUUUUUUAACCAUUUUUUUUUAUAUGUUAGUUUUUUGUUUUUCUGGACUUAUGCUGUAUAUAAAGUAUAUGAAGAUAACUGGCUGUAAGUCUAUAUACUUUUUAACUUAAACAGUCAGAUUUUAUAAAUCUACAAUAUACAAAUGGUUAUUUUAAUGUAAAGAUUGCUACUAUUUUUUUUCUUUGACAGAUUUUAUGGUACUAUUUGGUGGCUGUUUUAAACUGGUAACUUGGUUACCCUUUGAUUUUGCUGCUCUGUAUUAAUAUUGUGUUACUGAAUAUUUAACAUUGUAUGUUUUUGUUAUAUUCUGGUGUUGUCUCUGCAAAUACAGGUCUUAAAAUUGAAGUGGCUCUAAUUAUAU